UUCUGUUCACUCCACUCAUUAUAGUCAUCUACUCUUCUUCGAUUCAUCUUCAUUAGCCUCUACUUCCGCGAUCACGCGGUACUGUGUCACCUUUCAAAGCACGCUCUUUGCUAAUCUGAUCGCAUUGGUGAACGAAACAGCUAGUUGUGGACUGACUGAACUUCUCAAUUGUUCACCGCCGGUCACCCCAUGGGCCAAUGUCGAAAUCACGAGAAUGGAGCAAACGCCUGGGCAAACGACAUUUCUAAUGUUGAUCCAACUAUCGUACCACGAUGACGUUGCCGGCUAUCGUAGGUAGAACCUUCUAGUACAUAUAUCCUCUGCCCUACCAGGAGCCUCGAGACUUUGACAAAAUAACUACACACACACACACUAAGAACUUUUUCUUCUCAACCUACUCAGCAAUAUAAUCAACGCUGCACGAUGGGUGAUAUGCUCUAUCACAUUAAGCGCACCCUUGUCGAUAUCAAGAACGACGCGACCGGUGCUCUCCAAAAGGUUGAUAUCCGCGGCACAUACACCGACCUGUCCAAGGCGAAAGCUGCGGCCAAGAAUGCUCUUCUAGAGGAAGGAUACGAGAAGGAGUGGUUCACUGUGUAUGACGUUCGCCAAGCUCCCGAGGAUUGGAAACAUGGAGAUGGUGUCUUCGUCUUUGCUAAGGCUCCAGAAGGCGAGAUGUUCAAGGUUGCUCUCGAGACGACGCCAAACAACCUCAACUUGACGGGCAAGGACGGCAAGGUUGAGGAGCAGCUAUUCCAUGUACUUCAGACCACGAUCCACUACAACACCGAUCGCUCCGGCGCCUCCCGCGAUACGAGCCUCGAGGGCACCUUCACGGACAUGGAAGAGGCAAAGGCAAAGGCGCUUAGUUGCUUAUUGGACGAGGAUGUGUCUAAGGACAGCUUUGCGGAGUUCGAUGAGUUUACUGGCCAGACUGACUGGGCGUUCGGGGAAGAUGUCAUGGUCCAUGCUGUUGGUGUCGGAGGGGAGAACUACUUGGUUUCCAUCAUCCGGAAGUCGUAAAGUAAACGAGCCCCACACGACAACAACUGGGAACGGCGCUUGGAUGGCGCCGUAUCUCGAUGGCUCUCUUGCUACCUCUAUUUAUUGGCGUUGGUGGAAGUGUACACCACACAUUCGGGAUUAAUUCGGUAUGCAUGCUUGUCAGGCGCUCUGGGUCUCCUUCAUAUUACCUAUCAGGGCACCCUAUGGGCAAUAAGAAAACUUUGUUCAA